AUGAACGAGACGCCUGAGAAUUCUGAAACUGGUACCGCAGAUGCUAAAAAAACAGUAAAGGAAGUGACCGUUAUUCAAGACGAAGGGUUCUUCUGCCACGAUACCGGCGAUACCUAUAAUGGAUUUUUCGAGGUUAAGAAAAAAGACAAAAGCGUCAAAAUGCAUGGACACGGCAUUUAUACGACGGCUGAGGGCGACUCGUACGAAGGCGUUUGGGAAAACGACAAACUCGGCGUGGCUGAUGACGUCUUGAUCACGUAUAGCGACGGCUCCAGAUACGAAGGCCCGCUGAAGGACUGGUGCUAUAAUGGUCGCGGGAGAUACGUUUACCCCGACGGUAGCGUGUUACACGGCGAAUUCGUGGACAACUGCCCGGUCGGCAAUUUGACCCUGGUCGACCCUAACGGGCACACGUGGCUAGGCAAAGCCGAGCAAGGUUACUGUUGGUAUCAACCCGUAAAUCAUUACUACGAUAUACUGGAGAAGACGCGGGAAACAACGUACGAAACAUCG